AUGGCGUCUACGGAAGAGGGUUGGGGCGAGCUGCUGGGUGAAGAGGACCUCGUGGUGUGGGCGGAGGGCAAGUUGACGCCGGUGCCGGUGCAGGAGGUGCUCGCCAACAAACAGUUCGUUGGGCUCUACUUCUCUGCCCACUGGUGUCCGCCCUGCCGCGGGUUUACGCCGCUGCUGGUGGACACCUACAAUGAGCUGCUCCAGCAGCAGCAGACGGCGGGGCAGGGUGGCUUCCAGGUCAUCUUCGUGAGUUCGGAUCGCGAUGCUGGCGCCAUGGGCGCUUACAUGCGCGACGCCGCCAUGCCCUGGCCCGCCCUUCCCUUCGGUGACCCACGGGUGGCGGCGCUGAAGGCCAAGUUCCAGGUCUCGUCGAUCCCGACGCUGGUCAUCCUCAACGGCGAGGGCAAGCUCGUCACCAGGGACGGUCGCGCAGCUGUCCUCAAGUCGGGUCCCGGCGCCUUUGGCAAGUGGUAA